AUGUCGUUUGAAACGAACGGGGAAAAAAUGAAAUGUGUUCUGCAGAUAGCAUAUAUUGUUUGUGUUUUCUCCGUCCGAAUCGUCCUCAGGGGCAAGGCUCACGCGGAAUGGCAAGUGUUGGUCAGCGGUGAUCGUUCAGCUAUAAAAGACGACCAGUACUUCAUCGACAACCGAUCGUUAAUCUUCGGAAAAGUAGACCGGCAAGACGGUCCCGCUCCAAUUCUGCCGCGUGGAAUUCACCACUUCCCGUUCAAGUUCCAACUUCCUCAGAGCUCGCUGCCUUGUUCGUUCGAGAGCAAACCCGGAUACGUCAGAUACUACAUCAAGGUCACUCUUGACAUACCGUACGCGUCUCCUCCGCAAGGCAUGAAGUACUUCACCAUAAUAGGACCCCACAUCGACUGUAUGGACGAUCAAUAUCUGAAACCAAUUGGAGCACUAGAAAAACGGACUAAAUGCUGUUUGUGCUGCAAAAGCAACAGAGUGGUAUUACAGUGCUUACUGGAAAGGUCGGCGUACGUGUGCGGCGAGGCGUUACGACUAAAAGCCAACAUAAAAAAUCAAAACGAAAAGGAUAUCAGGCUUAAAGUCAGAUUACUACAGAACGUUCACUAUUCGGUGGAACGUGGCAUGCUGGGUGUCCAAAAUCAAAAAGACGUCCAGCACUCGGUUUUGGAGUACAUCGGCGAACCGAUACGCACUGGGUGUGAAUCGCAAUGGGAUUCUGCCGACGGACUGGUCUUGCCAGUGAUGCCRCCUACAUUGAUCGGCAACUGCAGGCUGUUACAAAUAUAUUACGUACUCAAGGUCUGCGUGGAUUUGGGUAAGGGAGACGAAGACCUCAACAUAACGUUUCCGAUAACAAUAGCAACUGUGCCGUUCAGGAUACCAAACUGUAACAAGACUCCUCAAAUAUUUUACAGUGUUGCGUGCGACCACGUGGAGGGCGGUAGGUACAUCGGACCAGAGUUUUUGCUCGGUGGACAUGUUUACGAUGGGUCGCAAACCGAACAGAUCGUCUUGUACCGGCCGGUGUACGUGAGCGUACGUCAGCCGAACUGCAACUCGGCAUCAGCGGCUGCGGCGGCGGCUACGGUGGCUGUGCCAACAACGACGACGGCCACGUGAAUACGGAUGCAAAUUCAACGGCGGCGCGUUUAUCGAUUCAUAAUUAUUAUUGUUAAGUUUAUAAUGUAGUUUAUUAUUUCUCCAGUCGAUGGAGAAAAACGAUAGAUCCGUCGUGCAUUUAUUGUGCAUGCGUGUUUGUUGCACGUCGACGUCGCGAGAGCGAAGAAAAAACAAUUAAAUUGUAGUAUAGACUUGCCAUUCUAUAUUGUUAUUCGCUUAAAAUUUCUAUCAAAAAGAAAUACAAGUGAUAAAUUAUGUUUCCUAAUAUUUUUUUUUUUUUAAACACAGUAAACAUAAUAAAACAUACCUAAAACAUUUUGUAACCCUCUCAAUACUACAAAGAAAGUGCCAUGAAAGAAAAUAAGUACCAACYCUUUAAACUUUCUUCGAAAUUGGUGGUGUAACUCUAUAAUUUUUUUUUUUUUAUUGAAACAACGUUUUUAUAUUUACUAUUUGAAUUUAGAUGUUAUACGACAAGUAAAUUUGAUGAUAUUUGAUUGACGGGAAUGGGAAGUCACCAGUGGCGACACCCCGUGAAAAGCAAUUUAAGAAGAAAGUAGGUCUCUAUAGUUUAUGCCAGUUCCUUUUCAAGCGACUGGAUGGAUUACCUGGAAUUUGAUUGGAUAAUAGUUGAGUGAUUGUAGAAUUUGAAUGAGUACUGAAUGUCUUGGGUGUGUUUUAGGUGAUCAUAGCAAGAUUAUUUAACGUUGGAAUUCAGAUGUAUUUACGAAGUGAUUCAUUAGUAAUAUACUAUGGAACACCUGAUAUUAAUCGUAAAGAUAGAGUGGAAUUCCUGUAUUGUUCUAGUAUUUAAUGCUUCGACUGAUCCCCAAAAUUGAAUGCCAUAGACCAUAUUUACCACACAUGAGUCUUAAAAGAGCCAUACAUAUUGUUCUUUUGGUUUUUAAUAUAAGAGCUUUGAGCGGAGUAAGGGUCUAAGAAGGUGAAGUCUCGAGUAUUGAGAGCUUUACGCUUGUUUUUUAAGUGGGGACCCCAUGUAAGACGUUYUUCAAGAAUUAAACCCAGAUGUUUAGUUUACGUAGAAGAUGGAAUUUGUGCAUUGUCGAUGAAGGUUGUGGAAAUUCCAAAGAUCGGAACUCUAUAUAAUAUACCGUAUAUCCCAAAAACAGGGUACACUUCAUUACUCAUUACCCUGUAAAUAUAUUUCAAUUCUAUUUGCGGGACAUUAAACUAAACUAAUCGAUCAUAAAUUUCCAUGACUUAAAAUUGUUUUAACCCAUAUAUUUUGCGCAUGCGCAACAAAAAUUCAUUUGUUUUAAGUGGCAACCCCUAUUUAAAAUAUCAUUUUCGGAUUGAUUGAUUUUUUUUAAUGAAUUUUGAUGAAUUAACUUAUAUUGUAAACUCAA